AUACUACUCUUGUCUUGUUUUGAUCAGCACUCCUUGUCUUCCAAAGCAUACAAUACACCUGAUCUUUUUCCAAGAAUUUAGGGAGGAACUCGUUAGACAGGAAAGAUACACCAAAUCUUUAGAUGGAUAGGUUCCAGGGUACAUCUGGAUUCGGUUACAAUCCUGGUCGGGAAGAAAUGGGAGAGGCCGAGGUCUUCUCGGGAAGCCGAAGCGUCCUGGAUAUCUACGUCCAUCAUGCUCGCAAUAUCCACAACGUAUGCAUCUACGCCGACCAGGACGUCUACGCCAAGUUCUCCCUCACGUGCAGCCCCGAGGAGGCGCUGCCCACCCGGAUCGUGGCCGGCGGCGGGAAGAACCCGCAAUUCGACGAACACCUCAAGCUCGUGGUCACACAGCCCGAUGCCGUCCUCAAAUGCGAGAUCUGGAUGCUGAGCCGGGCCAAGAAUUUCCUCGAGGACCAGCUCCUGGGAUUCGCCCUCGUGCCGCUCUCGUCGGUGGCGGCGGCGAAGGGGAGGAGGUUGACUCAAGACUUUGCGCUCUCGUCCACCGAUCUCUUCCACUCCCCCGCCGGCACUGUUCGGCUCACCCUCUCGCUCUACACCUCGCUCCAUGGCGAGACCUUUGCAGAGUCCACUUCGAAUUCAUCCAUUAGCUCGGAGGUUGUCUUGCUGGACCCGGCCAGUUAUGGAAGAAUCGAGUUUCCUGAUAUCAAUGUUGUUGUGGAGAAUCAGAAGAUGGUCUCAGAGUACUUUGACAUGGCCACGCACGACCCUCCUUCGGGGGCGAUGGCAGAGCCCGCCGCACCUUUCCUCCAUCUGGGAGCUUCGCCACGGCCUAUGGAGGACUACGACAUGACUGUGAAUUCAAGUGAGGAGAACAAUGGCGGGUGUGAUUCUCUUGAUGGUAGUAUUCAUAAUUCGGGACCUUUCAGUAGUUCUACCAUGACUAGCCUGAGUGAUGACAAGAAUUCUGCUGACUCUUUGGAUAAAAAGAUUCGGGUCGAUUUAAACAAUUCGUCUGCUGAGGCUGAUCAGAGCUCUGAAAUGUCGCCGGAUACUCCCACUUCGCAGGGUAGUGGUGGUAGAGGAGAGGGGAAGCAGUCGAAGCUAUCCAGAAAGAAGGAGGCAGAGAGUGGUGAUAAGGAACACGGUGUGCGCAGCAAUGUGGAAAUGGCAUCAGUUUUUAAGUCCCCAUUGGGAAACAUCGAUCUCGAGGCUGAGCAGAGUGCAAUGCAGCAACAAAUUGUGGACAUGUACAUGAAGAGCAUGCAGCAAUUUUCGGAGUCCUUGGCGAAGAUGAAGCUACCGAUGGAUCUUGACAAACCGGGAUCUAAGGAUGGGGGGGAUGUUAUCCAGAGCCAAAAUGACAAGCCAGAUCCUCAGAAGAAAAAAGAUAAGUCCAGAGUGUUCUAUGGUAGCAGAGCCUUUUUCUGACGAGCUCAUACAUGUUAUCUGCUUGAGAACAGUAUUAGCUGCAUGAACAUAGUAAUUGAAAGUAACUCGGCUUUACCUGGUGUAUGUGAGUGUGUCUAGAUGAAUGUGUUGUGCCUGUUAACUCUUUAUCUCCUUGAUUAUAUAUCUGAUUUACUUUUAUUUGCAAUGGAGGCGCAAACAUAACAAUCGUUGAUGCUCUUAAUUUCUUAGAGCUCUUCCAUCU